GAAGGAAGGACGUUGAAAGAUGGAGGCGGCGGUGUUCAUUCUAUCGCUUGUCGACUGCUGUGCUUUAAUUUUUCUUUCGGUCUACUUUAUUAUCACUCUUUCAGAUCUAGAGUGCGACUACAUCAAUGCACGAGCCUGUUGUUCGAAGUUGAACAAAUGGGUCAUUCCGGAGUUGGUGGGCCAGGCCCUGGCUACAGUGCUGAUGCUUGUGUCCAUGCACUGGUUCAUCUUCCUCCUCAACGUGCCAGUGGCUGUCUGGAAUAUUUACAGGUUCCUGAAGGUGCCCAUGGGCAACAUGGGGGUGUUUGACCCCACGGAGAUCCACAACCGCGGCCAGCUCAAGUCUCACAUGAAGGAGGCCAUGAUCAAACUGGGCUUCCACCUGCUCUGCUUCUUCAUCUACCUGUACAGCAUGAUUCUGGCCUUGAUCAACGACUGAGUCUUCCAUGACCUCUUGCCCCAGUUUGCCAACUGUAACCCUUCGUACGCUGUAACUAUGCCAUCAUCAUCUGAGGUCCCGAUCUUCAGCACUCCCAUCAGCCCUCACCACAGGGCUCUUCUCUUCUCUUCUCUUCUCUUCUCUUCUCUUCUCUUCUCUUCUCUUCUCUUCUCUUCUCUUCUCUUCUCUUCUCUUCUCUUCUCCUCUUCUCUUCUCUUCUCUUCUCUUCUCUUCUCUUCUCUUCUCUUCUCUUCUCUUCUCUUCUUUUCUCCAAUCCCCUUUUCGCUCCUGACCACUCCUCUCGUUUCCUUUCCCCCUCCUGUCCACCCGUUUCUUCACUUUUCUUCUUCUCCGUCUUUGCUGGUCCCCUCCUCACGGGUGUUAUCUUCUGUCUCGUCUCUUGCCUAGUAUCCUAUUCUCUAGCUAUCAUCCUAUCCUCUGUCUACUAUCCUAACCUGACCUCUGUUGUCCUGUACUCUAUUUUUUAUGACUGUACACCUCUUUUAUUCUAAAACAAGAUGUGGAUCAACGUCACAAGACAGUCUUUUUUUCCUGUGUGCGUGUGCGUGCGCG